GGCGCGGGCGGCGGCGAGCUGCGGGCAUAGAGCUGCGGGCGGAGCGCCGCGCUCUGGCUCAGCUGCCCGGAUCUGUCUCUCGGGCUCCGCCUGGCCCCUCAGCCCCUGCCGCCCCGGCCCGCUGCCCAGGUCCGGCGCGCUCCGGCCAAGGCUCGCCUGCCCCUGCGGGUGCGGGUGCGGGUGCGGGCCCGGGAGCGGGUACAGCAUGGCGGUGGAGGAAGAGGGGCUCCGGGUCUUCCAGAGCGUGAAGAUCAAGAUCGGUGAAGCCAAAAAUCUUCCCUCCUACCCAGGGCCAACCAAGAUGAGGGACUGCUACUGCACCGUGAACCUGGACCAGGAGGAAGUCUUCAGGACCAAGAUCGUGGAGAAGUCGCUCUGCCCUUUUUAUGGAGAAGACUUUUACUGUGAAAUUCCUCGGAGUUUUCGUCACCUGUCAUUUUACAUUUUUGAUAGAGAUGUUUUCCGGAGGGAUUCCAUCAUAGGGAAGGUGGCCAUCCGGAAGGAGGACCUGCAGAAGUACCACAACAGGGAUACCUGGUUCCAGCUGCAGCAUGUGGAUGCCGACUCCGAAGUGCAGGGCAAGGUGCACCUGGAGCUGAGGCUGAGCGAGGUCAUCACCGACACAGGUGCUGUCUGCCACAAGCUCGCUGCACGCAUCCUCGAGUGCCAAGGCCUCCCCAUAGUGAACGGCCAGUGCGAUCCCUACGCCACGGUGACGCUGGCUGGACCCUUCAGAUCAGAAGCCAAAAAGACGAAAGUAAAGAAGAAGACCAACAACCCCCAGUUUGACGAAGUGUUUUACUUCGAGGUGACCAGGCCCUGCAGCUACAGCAAAAAGUCUCACUUUGACUUUGAGGAGGAAGAUGUGGAUAAACUUGAAAUCAGAGUUGACCUUUGGAAUGCCAGCAACCUGAAGUUUGGCGAUGAGUUCCUAGGGGAGCUGAGGAUCCCACUGAAGGUACUUCGGCAGUCCAGCUGCUACGAGGCCUGGUACUUUCUCCAGCCCCGAGACAACGGCAAGAACCCAAAGCCUGAUGACCUGGGCUCCCUGCGACUGAAUGUGGUUUACACAGAAGACCACGUGUUUUCUUCCAAUUACUACAGCCCCCUGCGAGACCUGCUCCUGAAGUCCGCAGAUGUGGAGCCAGUCUCGGCGUCGGCUGCCCACAUCUUGGGUGAGGUAUGCAGAGAGAAGCAGGAGGCAGCCGUGCCCCUGGUACGGCUGCUGCUGCACUAUGGACGUGUGGUGCCCUUCAUCAGCGCCAUCGCCAGCGCCGAGGUGAAGAGGACCCAGGACCCUAAUACCAUCUUCCGAGGGAACUCACUGGCUUCUAAGUGCAUUGAUGAGACAAUGAAGCUGGCGGGCAUGCACUACCUGCAGGUCACCCUGAAGCCCACCAUCGAGGAGAUAUGUCAGAGUCACCGGCCCUGUGAGAUUGACCCUGUGAAGUUGAAAGAUGGUGAGAACCUAGAGAACAACAUGGAGAACCUUCGGCAGUAUGUGGACCGCAUCUUCACCGUCAUCACUAAAUCUGGUGUCAGCUGCCCCACUGUCAUGUGCGACAUUUUCUUUUCUCUGCGGGAGGCAGCUGCCAAGCGUUUCCAGGAUGACCCGGAUGUCAGGUACACGGCUGUGAGCAGCUUCAUCUUCCUGCGGUUCUUCGCACCCGCCAUCCUGUCUCCCAACCUCUUCCAGCUGACACCACAUCACACAGAUCCACAGACAUCCAGAACCCUGACACUCAUCUCCAAGACAAUUCAGACUCUGGGAAGCUUGUCUAAAUCCAAGUCUGCCAGUUUCAAAGAGUCAUACAUGGCGACAUUCUAUGAGUUCUUCAACGAGCAGAAGUAUGCUGAUGCUGUGAAGAAUUUCUUGGAUUUAAUCUCAUCCUCGGGCAGAAGAGACCCCAGGAGCAUAGAGCAGCCCAUUCUGCUUAAAGAAGGAUUCAUGAUUAAGAGGGCACAAGGAAGGAAACGAUUUGGGAUGAAGAAUUUUAAGAAGAGGUGGUUUCGCCUGACCAACCAUGAAUUUACCUACCAGAAGAGCAAAGACACCAGGGCUGGGUGUGUGACCCUGUACUCUGGGACCCAGGCCUCUUCCCACGAGCUUCCUGGCCUCCCUCAUGGAGACCAGCCCCUCUGCUGCAUCCCCAUCGAGAACAUCCUGGCUGUGGAGAGGCUGGAGGAGGAAUCCUUCAGGAUGAAAAAUAUGUUCCAGGUCAUCCAGCCGGAGCGCGCACUGUACAUCCAGGCCAACAACUGUGUAGAGGCCAGGGACUGGAUUGAUGUCCUCACCAAGGUCAGCCAGCGCAACCAGCAGCGUCUGUCUGUCUACCACCCAUCCGCCUACCUGAAUGGCCACUGGCUGUGCUGCAGAGCCUCCUCGGACACAGCCGCUGGCUGUUCCCCCUGCACCGGUGGCCUCCCAGCAAACAUUCAGCUGGACAUCGAUGGAGACCGUGAGACAGAGCGCAUCUACUCGCUGUUCAGCUCCUACAUGGGCAAGCUGGAGAAGAUGCAGGAGGCCUGUGGCAGCAAGUCUGUGUACGAUGGCCCCGAGCAGGAGGAAUAUUCCACAUUCCUCAUCGAUGACCCUCAAGAGACCUACAAGACGCUUAAGCAGGUCAUCACCAGUGUGGUGGCCCUAGAGCAGGAGCAUGCACAGCACCGCAGAGACAAGUUCAAGAAGACGCGCUAUGGGAGCCAGGAGCAUCCCAUUGGAGACAAGAGCUUCCAGAACUAUAUCAGGCAGCAGUCGGAGGUCUCCACCCAUUCCAUGUGAGGCUUGCAAUGCUUCUGGAUGGCACCAGCGAGCCACAGCAGGACGCACUGACCUCUCUAAGCCAAGAAGAGCAGAGUGGGUAGAAUGCACACAGGAGGCUCUCUGGCUCUGGGUACACGUGGGACCAGUGAGCUGGUGGCACCUCAAGGGUAUUCAUGUCCUCUCUUGAACCAGGAGGCAGCUGCCAUGCACCUUACUUGUCCACCAGGGGCAGGUGUUCCUGGCCUUUCUGGAACAUGGGCUUGUUUGCCUUAUUGCUCACUCUGGGAUCCAGGGAUCAGCGCGUGACCUGGAAGUAUGGACUUUCCCAGUCACACCAGUUCCUGCCUGGAGCCACGGCCAGUCCAGCUGGCAUGACCCUUGCCUUGUGCAGAGCUAUGCUUCUGUCCCUGACUUUGCCUUGCUGAUCUCUGCACCCAUGUGGCCCCAGCCUUGAAUUCUCAUUUUGUCAUGUCUGGGGUCUUAACAGCAUUAUCCUCGCCUCACAAAGCUGCUGUCCCCGCAGUCAGUGGCUGACCUCUCUGCCCAGCUCCUGUUGGUUUUGUUCCUGGCCCAAGCAUCUGCUUUGUGCCUGGGACACAUAGAAUAGCACAAAGGGACCCAACCCCAGGGACCCUGUGGGAUUCAGUGGUUGGGGAAGGGAAGUGGUGUGGGUCUACUCCCUUUUGGAUACCCUCUCAGCUUCCAGGUCCAGCACACAUUGUUUUGCUGUUAGACAGGGUUUAAAGCUAGAGUCCACAUGCUUGCCAUAGUUUGGGGGAGACUUUUUUGAAGCUGUUUUUCUUAACUCUUUUUAAAGGACCAUUUUUAAUUGCUCUUUGAUGUAAAGUAACUCAGAACACCUAAACCUACAUACAUGGAAGGGGUUACAUCUCACAAACAUCAGCUGAGGCCCUCAGAGGGGAACCUGGGGGCAGCAGCUAUGUCCUGGCUAUGCAGAAGACUCGAGGAGCAUCCACCUCAUCUCCAUGAGCCUUGGGCCCAGCCGGGUGGUGGGUCCUGAGUGGGCAAGACGGGCCUUUCCAACUGGGCCCACACUGCCACUGUCAUGUCACAGUGGCACUGCAGGAGGACCUGAAGAGGCCCACCCCGGGCACCACUGCAUAUCCUCAUGCCACCUCCUCUCCAUGCUCACCAGAGUUGCUAUAGCUCACCCUUAGUCCCGGAGGCACACAAAUGUGGUCACUGAAUCAUGGGGAAAGUAUGAAAAUAAACUAUGGACACACAUCCAUCAUGCUCCCCUGAACUGCAGUUUUUAACUUGGAUUUGUAACUUAAUGUUUCUGUUUAUAAACUACUAAUGAUUUGUGUUGUAUUUUACUGCCAAUUAAAGCAGAUGUUUUAUUCUUUC